AUGGGUCAAGAGAGUAAUACAGGGGAUGCAUUUAGUAAUGCAGAGGAGGAUGACUUCUUUAGACAGAUCAAUGAGAUACAGAAUGAUUUUGAUAGAGGUAGACCAAGGACUCGUUCAGAGAUCACUCCAGACAGAAGAUCAAAGAAGAAUAAAUGGGAGCAGGAUAAAGGACAAAGUGGUCUACCAGGUGUACCCAAGACAUUGCCACCAGGUCUGACCGAUGAACAACUCGCUGCACUCAUCAUACGUAUUAGAAUAGAUGAGAUCACAAAGAAGUUGACAGUUGGUCCAAUCGAAAUAGAUAACAAGGAUGAUAGGUCUCGAUCACCUACACCAGUAUAUGAUCACUCUGGUAAGAGAACAAACACUAGAGAGCAGAGAACAAAGGAUAAGUUGAGCAAGGAGAGACAUGUGUUGGUCACUGUGGCAGGACAGGUCAAUCAAUCGUUCAAGCCACCUCAAGACUAUCAACCACCAAAUGAGAAGAAGACGAUGAAGAUAUACAUCCCUGUGAAGGAGUUCCCCGAGUACAACUUUAUCGGUCUGAUCAUCGGACCAAGAGGCAACACACAGAAGAAGAUGGAGAAGGAGAGUGGAGCAAAGAUCGCCAUCAGAGGCAAGGGCUCAAUGAAGGACGGCAAGGCUUCAAAGCCUCAGUACGUCGAGAGUGAGGAGCUGCACGUACUGUUGACGGGUGACACCCAGGAGCAGUUGGAGAAGGCGGCAACAAUGGUCAGGCAGUUCUUGGUGCCCAUCGAAGAGGGCAAGAACGAGCACAAGCGACAACAGCUUAGAGAGUUGGCCGAGAUGAACGGCACACUACGCGAGCGAGCGAUAUUUGGCGGCGGCAGGAACUGGCAACCCGUGGACAUCAAGUGUGUGCAUUGUGGCGAGACAUCUCAUCCUUCAAAUGAUUGUCCUCUCAAGGGCAGCAAUCACAACAUGCACAUCAUCGAAGCAGAGUAUCAGAAGUUUAUCGAGGAGAUCAAGGACUUGCUCAUCAUGACAAAGGAGGAACCAAACAUUCAUGGACAUGGUGGCGGCAACAGAAUCAGCAGCGACAAUAACAGAUUGAGUAGUGACAAUGGCAACAACAAUGGUGGUGAUGAUUCUUAUGAUGAGUUCCAGGCUGCACUGAGGUCGCAGGAACAAGGUGAUCAGCCACCUCCUCCACAUGGAUGGCCACAACAACAGCAUCAAUUCAACAACAACAAUAGUAACAAUAAUAUGUAUCAAUCACCUCCUCCACAUGGCCAUCCAGAUCAUGGCGACCAACAAUGGAACCAACAACAGCAACAUCAUGGAAAUCAACAACAAUGGGGCCAACAACAGAAGCCACAACAACAGUUCAACGCAUCACCGUAUGGUCCACCAUCCAAUGGCAACGCACCACCACCUCCAGCAGCCUCACCGUAUGGUCCACCACCGGGCGCAUACUACUGA